AUGGCAACUCCUCCGAAGAUCAAGGUCUUGAUUCUCAACCCCAAUAGCUCCACAGCGAUGACGGAGGGGAUGAAGACGGCCGUCGCCAAAAUGCCACUUCUGGAGUAUUUGGACAUUUCUAUAUAUACAGCCCCCAGCUCUGCUCCCGGCAGCAUCAACGAUGACGAGGGAAUACAAGCCAGUACCGAAACUGUACUGGCAGACAUCCUUGCUGGCAACCUCAAACUAGACAGAUUCGAUGCUAUUCUAGUAGCAUGCUUCAGUGUUCACACACUCGUGUCGAAACUUUCCACCAUGACGUCUGCCGCGGUCACUGGUAUAUUUGAAGCCAGUGUCCUCACGUCGCUCUCUAUUAUUGCACCGCCAGGCGGAAACGAUUCGUGGGGUAUUGUGACUACAGGGGCAUUCUGGGAGAAACAUCUAGGUGACGGUGUCAAUGAGUUCCUAGGGCAGACUGCUGGACAGACAAACGACCGCUAUGCCGGCACCUUCUCCAGUGGACUGACAGCGGGCGACUUCCAUACUGUCUCGCCAGAGCAAGUCCAAGACAAGCUCAAGGACGCCACCAUUCGUCUUCUAAAAUCUUCCAACAUUCGAUGUGUCGUUAUGGGCUGUGGAGGAAUGGCCGGCCUGGAGAGCAUCAUUCGAGAUGCAGCUGUCCAAGUAUACGGAGAGGAGCGGGGCAAGUCCGUGUACAUCGUUGACGGUGUCCGAGCUGGUCUACUACAGCUAUACCAAACAAUCCUCAGUAGACGCGAGUUUGUUUAA